CACCGACCGCGCGAGGCUCGGCGAGGCCGCCUUCAGGGCCCGGCGGCGGGGUGGUGGCCGGGGCAGCCCCGCCCCCUCGCUGUAGGGGAGCCGAGGGGGCGCGAUGGCGGCGGCGGCGACGCGGGCGCUGGAGCGGCUCUUCGCGCUCUACUUCCUCAGCCACAUCCCCGUCACGCUGCUGCUGGACGCCCAGGCGGUCUCGUCGCGCUUCCACCCGCGGGCCCUGACAGACUUGCUCAAGUGGUACACGACUUCAUUCAAGGACCCCUUGAUGGCACAGUGCCCUGCUUGGUUUCAGUCGUUCGUCUACUGUGAAGUCUUCCUGCAACUGCCUUUCUUUCCUGUGGCGGCUUAUGCAUUCUGGAAAGGUAACUGCAAGUGGAUUCGAACCCCUGCCAUCGUCUAUGCGACACAUGUGGCUACGACACUGGUGCCCCUGCUGGCACACUUUUUGUUCCACGACUUUCCAGACUCCAAGCCCGCAGGACCACAGACGUGGCACGAGCGCCUCUGGCUCUUAGCUGUUUACAGCCCGUAUUUGCUGAUCCCACUCCUGCUUCUUGUGACCAUGUUGCUCCAUCCCUUGUAUAGCUCAGGAGGAAAACGGAAGACAACGUAAACGGUGGGCCCUUUAAUCAGAGAGGAAGAGCCGCUGGUCUGGAAAAUUGGCAGCGUUGAUUAGCUGCCCCAGUUUUUACAGAAAUAAAUUAUAUGGCUGGAGAUGCUGGAUACGGUGGUCUUAAAAUGAGAUUUGAAGAACCUGUUCAGAAAGUUACUUUAAAAGGGGAAAAACCCAUCAGUCUAAUAAUUUCAUCUGCUGUGUCUAAGGAUUAAGUAGGCAAUGAUGGGAAUAUUCAGAUUUUAUAAGCUGUGGUCCUUUCAGAUGUGAUCCUCUGGUAAGUUGCUUGUCUCCCCCUCCCCCCACGAACAGAAGUUGAACAGCCGCCCCCUCCCCCAAUAAGAUCAAUGUCUAGCAUAGAGAACUAUUUUAGGUCUGAUCUACAUGUUCAACACAAUGAAGUGGUACAAUUUUGCUUUUUAUAUAAUUUUUAAAAAUUCUCACCCGAGUCCAAAAUGCCUUGCGAGUAGAAAACCUGUUACUUGUUGAGCUACUUUUCUGCUCCCUGCAAGUAGGAUCCGUCUCAGGAGCCACUCUGCCACAUGCAGGGAGUUGGUCUUGUACUGUGCUCAUAGGAUGGGGCAGUGGAUGGUUAGUGGAGGUUUGACAUUUAAUAAUGGUGUAUACGCAUACCCUCCAAUACACAUUUGUAAGACCUUUUAAAAUUAUUAAAUAC